AUGGCCGAGUCGACCUUCCAUGCCCGGCGCUUGAUCGGGACGCUGCGCGAGCGCAUCGGGUUCGUGAACGCCCAGGCCCACGCGGGCCUCGAUCGCAAUCUCCUGGCUCAGGCGCAGGCCAACGCUCUGAACGCGACCUUCGCGGCGACCCCCGGGGUCGACCUCGCCGUUGCCACGGUUGUUACUCAGGAGAUUUCGAACGUGCCUUGGACGCAGCAGCAGAAGAUCUCGAUGGCCACGGCGUUGAACCAGCGGGCCCAGGCCGCCUCGGGCGUUGCGCGCGCUGGCGGCAGCGUGGGCCGCCCCCGGCAGAAGUGCCAGAAUCUGCAGCGUUUCUUCACGACCGCGGACUGGGGGGCGAUCGCCAGCGAGGACAACUCCGAGGUUAUGAAGCUCCAGGUCGUGGCUCGCAGGAUGCGCCAGAUUGGCAUCACCUGCGCUGGCGAGAAGCUGCUCAUGAGGGCCGUUGCCGUCGGCAUCUCCUGCCACCAGUCGUUCAAGCAGACGCCGCCGCAGGCGACGGCCAAGAGGAACACGCGCGUGGACCUCCAGUCGCGGCCGAGGCAGCUCGACACCGUGAAGACCUGGCCCUUCGCGCGCAUCGAGGUCCACCCGCCUUCGCCUGACCUGUUCGGCCGCGACAGGGUCUUGAACUGCGCUCACGGCGACGAGCGCACCGUCGCGCCCCCUGCCGAGCUCGACAACCUGGAGGCGGAGGUGCAGGGGAUGGUCCACAGGCGCUCGAGCAGGCAGCUGGGCGGCGGCGCCUCGAGCGCCGCCCAGAGCCAGCAAUCGAGCGCAGCCUUUGCAGUGCCAGGGCGCCUGCAGCACGACCCGCCCCAGCUCCUCAUGUCGCCGGCGGCCCGGGCGUGCGGCCCAAUGUUCGGCGCCCCAAGCGCGCCCCCGAUGUUCGGCGCUGGAGCGGACCGCGGUGGAGGCUGCAACAUCACGUGCUUCCCGAGGCCGCAGGGCGCAGCGUCGCCGCCCCCGAGCAGCAUGGCUUUCGGCAGCGCUGGCGCUGGCGCUGGCGGAGGGUCGCCGCCAACCGACCCCCCUUUCGAUCUCGUCGGGGGCUCUGGCGCCUGCGACGACUCCGACGCAUGGGGCGAGUCCAGAGCAAGUGACGAGGUCGAGGACUUCGAGCAGCAGAUCGUAGCCGCUGCGCCCGUCAGCCACGCGAUCGACUACUCGGACUGGUUGAAGCCUGCCGACGCUAAGACCCGCAGCGAGAACGCCUUCACGAGCCGCGCGCACGAUGCGGCAAAGAGGAUGGCGGUCGCAGCUGGGAAGGGCGACGUCGACAGCAGGGCGAUCGCCAAGGAGGCGCACCACAAGGCCAAGCUGGUGCACCAGAAGCACGCGAAGAAGUAG